AUGCAGCCCCCCAAACCCAAACCCGAGGGGCCCCCGCCAGGGGCCCCCAAAGCCGCAGCCAAGCCUCCUGGGGGGGCCCCCAAGGGGCCCCCGGGGGCCCCGAAGGGUUCUCCGGGGGCCCCUGGGGGCCCCCCAGGGGCCCCUGGGGGCCCCCCAGGGGCCCCGAAGGGCCCCCAGGGGGCCCCGAAGGGCCCCCAAGGAGCCGCUGCAGGCUUUUCUUCAAAGGUACUGGGGGGGGCCCCCGGGGGGGCCCCCCCGAAGGGGGCCCCCCGGGGGGCCCCCUCUGGGGGCCCCCCCGGGGGGGCCCCCGGGGGGGCCCCCGGGGGCCCCCGUUUGCUGUCGCACGCUGCAGAGUUUGCUGCCAUCUUUGAAUGCAUAGACCGAGACAGAGAUGGCCAGAUGUCUGUAGAGGACCUUUUAGGGUUUUUAAAUGAAGUGCUGCAGCAGCAAAAGUCCCGCGAAGAGGCCCUCGAGCUGCUGGUCGAACUCGUGGGAGAGGGGGCCCCCAGGGCCCCCCGCGACGGCAGGGGGGCCCCCCUCGUUUCGUACCCUGCCUUUCUCGCCUUCAUAGAGCGCCAGCUCACAGGGGGCCCCCCGGGGGGCCCCCCCGGGGGGCCCCCAGGGGGCCCCCAGGGGGCCCCCGGGGGGCCCCCCGCGGAGGCCCUGCUGCCGAUAUUUAACCUUCUGGAUGGGGACAAAGACGGGAAAGUGACGGCAGCAGAUUUAAAUGCUUUUAGCACAAAAGUGGGGAUUAGAUUGGGAGAUGAUGGGGCCUCCCAUUUGCUAAGUGCUGGGGGGGCCCCCGGGGGUUCUGUAGACUUUAAGGCUUUCUGCAGCCUCGUCCACAAGGACGUCGCAGCAGCAGCAGCAAGCGCAGCAGCAGCAAACGCAGCAGCAGCAAAUGCAGCAGCAGCAGCAGCAAGCGCAGCAGCAGCAAACGCAGCAGCAGCAAGUGCAGCAGCAGCAGCAGUGGAGAGACAGGCUCUUCUUGAGCCCCAGCAGCUGCUGCUGCGGGGACCUACAAAACAGAGGGGCCCCCCAGGGGCCCCUCUGAGGGGGCCCCCUGGGGGGCCCCCUGAGGGGGCCCCUGGGGUACCCCCUGAGGGGGCCCCCUGGGGGGCCCCCUGA